UGUCAAAUUGACAUUGACAUAAUUUUUGGAUAUGUAUGGGACGCAAGAAAAGUGGUGCGAGUGUGAUUUUUAAAGUUUUAAAAGAUAUCAAAUAAGAGACGGGUUAAUAAUUAGAAAAAAAUAUGUUUACGCGUUCAAGAUUCAUAUUAUCUAGAGCACUUCCUUUAAAGAAUGUAUUUAAGCUAGAACAUCAAAAUGAAGCAAAUUUUCUCUAUAGCAUAGCUACCAGACAUAGAUCUACAACACCUAUUAACACAGUAAUAAUGUUUGUUCCGCAACAAGAGGCAUGGAUUGUUGAGCGUAUGGGAAAAUUUCACAGAUUGCUUGAACCGGGACUCAAUUUACUUUGGCCUAUUGUAGACAAAAUCAAAUAUGUGCAGAGUCUCAAAGAAAUAGCUAUAGAUGUACCAAAACAAAGUGCUAUCACUGCUGAUAAUGUGACGUUGGGUAUUGAUGGUGUGCUAUACUUACGGAUUAUUGAUCCAUACUUGGCAUCAUAUGGGGUGGAAGAUCCAGAAUUUGCGAUAACACAAUUAGCGCAAACUACAAUGAGAUCAGAACUUGGUAAAAUAUCUCUUGACAAAGUAUUCAGGGAGAGGGAAUCUCUGAAUGUUUCUAUUGUGGAUGCCAUUAACAAAGCAAGUGAAGCUUGGGGCAUUACCUGCCUUAGAUAUGAAAUACGUGAUAUAAAAUUACCAACUCGUGUACAUGAAGCGAUGCAAAUGCAAGUGGAAGCAGAGCGAAAGAAGCGCGCCGCUAUUUUAGAAUCUGAGGGAGUGCGGGCGGCGGAUAUAAAUGUGGCGGAAGGCAAACGUCAAGCAAGAAUAUUAGCUUCAGAGGCUGAGAAACAGGAACAGAUAAACAAGGCAUCUGGUGAAGCUCAGGCUAUGAUUGCGGUGGCAGACGCCAGGGCCCGCGGACUAAAGCUUCUAGCCGGUGCCCUAGCUCAGCAGGACAGCAAGUAUGCAGCAUCACUUACUUUAGCUGAGCAAUAUGUAGCCGCGUUUAAUAAACUCGCUCGGACAAAUAAUACACUCAUCCUGCCCGCUAAUGCAGGAGAUGUAUCCAGUUUGGUGGGACAAGCCAUGUCAAUUUAUUCAACGAUAAGUGCUCAAAAUAAACAGCAAAAUCAGCCUAGUAUUGAUAUUUACGAUAACCCUAUUCAUUCGUUAACUGAAAAAGGCACAACAUUAGCCGGACAACCAGUUAUAGAUGACAGCUUAGCCGAAUAUUUCUCAGAUGAUGAAGAGAGAGAGAAAGCACUACAACUUCAGAAAGAGAAGAAAACACAACAAAAUAUAGAGAAAGAAACAUAGAUUAUGUUAAGUAUAGAGUUCUUUAUUGAUUAAAAUA